GUGACAGGAAGGAGGAAGUACUGUCCUAUUUGUGAGUCUCUGAGUUGAACGUCCGGAGUUGUCGCUGCUCUGGGUCACGUGACUUCUGUUGGUAGUACUUGUAUGGAGCAGUGUGACAGAUCUCCAACUCAUUAGCAAUCAUAUCUUAAUACCAGAGCGAUAACAUUAACGAAGUUGUACCACAAAGACUUGACUACUCCUUCAGUAUUCGUCUGUCAAAAUGGUGAACGUUCUCAAGGGUGUCCUUGUAGAAUGUGAUCCAGCUAUGAAACAGUUCCUUUUAUACCUGGAUGAAACAAAUGCUUUAGGAACCAAGUUCAUUAUCCAGGACUUGGAUGAAACCCACGUGUUUGUCUUAGCUGAAUUGGUUGCUGUUCUUCAGGAGAAGGUUGGGGAGCUGAUGGAUCAGAAUUCCUUUCCAGUCACACAGAAGUAAAAUCUAUGGACUGUAUGGAUUCACAUGGAUUUUUCACUAUGUACAAACUUAAUUUACUAUGUUCUAUAUCUCCUUAAAGGGAUUCUGUCACCUCAUUUUAGCCUAUUGAGCUGCGGACAUGCAUAGCUGGAUCACCGCUAGCAUGCCCGCAAUAUACCUGUCCCAUAGUGCUGUGUGCUUUUAUUGUGUUUAAAAAAUGAUUUUAUAAAUAUGUAAAUGAGCCUGGUAAGGAGCCCAAGGGGCUGUACUAACCUUCUUUGGAGCCCAG